AUGCAAACCGAAGAAUUUAAAACGACAAAAUUAUGGGAUAAAGUGCAAAAUGCUAUAACAACAUUACAAACAACGCCAGACUCAAUACCACAAAUACGGUUUGCAAUAUCGAAGGUACGUGCAGCAUUUCAUAAUUACCAUAUGUCUAUAGUCUCGUACAUAGAUUAUCUUGUACGUGUGGGCACGCUAGAAUGUAUUGAAGAGCGAGAGAAAAUAGAACACAUUCUUGAUUAUCAUAAACAUUAUGUUGACACUGUGGUCGCGGAAGGUAAUGAACGAAAGAAGGAACUAACCGCUGAAAUGGGUUCUGCUCGCCUAAGUUCUCGCGCAUCUUCUCGCGCAUCGUCAGCCUCGUCGGCCGCAUUACGUGCGCAAGCAAGAGGGGAUGCUGCAGCAGCUAUAAAGAAAGCAGAAUUGCAAAAGAAACGAAAUGAAAUUGAGUCGCAAUUAGCGUUACAAAUACAACAACAGGAAUUAGCAUUGUCGCGCCAAAAAAUAAACGAAAAAGCCCGGUUAGAACAAUUGCGUUUAGAAGAAGAAGCGGCAGUUGCCGUCGCGAAAGUCACCGCUAUAGAGAAUGAACUAGAAAUAUCUGAUCCUCAAGGAUUAGAUCUGCCUGAAGAACACGUUGACCAAAAGGUAAAUAAUUACCUUGAAAACCAGUACGAAUUUACACCAGAUAAUAUCGAUACUACCCAAUCUUUCCAACAACAACAUCCCGCUACCCAACCUUUCCAACAACAACAUCCCGCUGCCCAACCUUUCCAACAACAACAUCCCGCUGCCCAACCUUUCCAACAACAACAUCCCGCUGCCCAACCUUUCCAACAACAACAUACCGCUGCCCAACCUUUCCAACAACAACAUACCGCUGCCCAACCUUUCCAACAACAACAUACCGCUGCCCAACCUUCCCAACCCUUAGAUCCCACGACAAGUGCGUUCCACCCUACCACUCGGACCAGUCCCCCCUCGGAGCCAGGUCAAGAUACUAUGAAGUCCUACAUCGAUUUUAUGGCGCGCCGGGAGUUAAUAGCUAACAAAAUAGAAAAGUUUGAUGACCAACCAGGGAACUAUCAUGUCUGGAAGGAAUCUUUCCAGAAUAUGAUUAGACAUGUCAACAUUACGCCAAGCGAGGAACUUUCGUUAAAACCGAGCACACCACCAAGAACUCUAAAAAACUUGUUUAGCAGUUGCGCAGUGCAUAUAUUAAAAAUCCAGCAAAGGGUGUAAUAGAGGUAUGGAAGAAACUUGACGAACGUUUCGGAACCAGUAUUGUUAUAACUAAAGCAUAUCUGGACAAGCUCACGGAUUUUCCGAAAAUUGACUAUAAAGACGCAAGAAAGUUACAAGAGCUAGGUGAUCUCUUGCUAGAGCUACAAUGCGCCAAAAGUGACGGUAGUUUACCAGGUCUUAGAAUCCUCGACGAAGCCAUGUACAUUAAACCCAUAAUAGCCAAGUUACCGGGGGACGUACAAGGACGAUGGCAACGCCAUGCUUUUCGUUAUAAGACCGGCCACGGAGUAGAGUACCCUCCCUUUGAAGAAUUUUCGAAAUUCGUGCAAAACCUUGCGCUUGAGAGAAAUGACCCGAAUUUGACCUUGGAGGUUCUCGGAAAGGAAAAUCAUCAGUCUAGGAAUUUAGGUUCGAGGCAAAGACAAACAUACAAAACCGAAAUCGCCGACGAAGAAGAAAGUCGCAGAAAGAAUCUAACCUGCGAUCCCAUCAGAUGGUGUGUCGUCCUCCAUGAAAAACCGCACCCCCUAGCCAAGUGCAGAGCUUUCUGA